AUGAAAAAUUCCAGGCUGCAAGUUCACAUUUUAGCAAAAAACGCUAACUGUACUUUCAUCGAUAUUGUUUUAUCUCAUAACAAGCCACAACACUAUCUAUCUAUCUAUCUAUCUAUCUAUCUAUCUAUCUAUCUAUCUAUCAUGGAUUGUAAUGAAGCCCACCUCUUUUCUUUUGUAUUUCAUCUAUCUAUCUAUCUAUCUAUCUAUCUAUCUAUCUAUCUAUCUAUCUAUCUAAGUCUAUUCAUAUCUAUCUAUCUAUCUCAGUCUACUCAUAUCUAUCUAUCUAUCUCAGUGUAUUCAUAUCUCUAUCUAUCUAUCUAUCUAUCUAUCUAUCUAUCUAUCUAUCUAUCUAUCUAUCUAUCUCAGUCUAUAUCUAUCUAUCUAUCUAAGACUAUUCAUAUCUAUCUAUCUAUCUAUCUAUCUAUCUAUCUCAUCUAUUCAUAUCUAUCUCAGUCUAUUAAUAUCUAUCUAUCUAUCUAUCUAUCUCAGUCUAUUCAUAUCUCUAUCUAUCUAUCUAUCUAUCUAUCUAUCUAUUUCAGUCUAUUAAUAUAUCUAUCUAUCUAUCUAUCUAUCUCAGUCUAUUCAUAUCUAUCUAUCUAUCUAUUCUGUUCAUAUUUAUCUCCCCCCCUCUCUCUCUCUCUCACUCUAUCUGUCUGUCUGUCUCUCUCUCUCUCUCUCUCUCUCUCUCUCGCCCUCUCUCUAUUCUGUUCAUUAUCUAUCUAUCUAUCUCAGUCUGUGCAUUUAUAUCUAUAUAUCUAUCCACCUAUCUGUCUGUCUAUCUAUGUUAAUCUGGUUAUGUCUUUAUGUAUUUCUAUCUUAGUCUGUUCAUAUUUAUCCCUCUCUCUCUCUCUCUCUCUCUCUCUCUCUCUCUCUCUCUCUCUCUCUCUCUCUGUCUCACUCACUCUAUCUCUCUCUGUCUCACUCACUCUAUCUGUCUAUCUGUCUGUCUGUCUCUCUCACUCUAUCUGUCGGUUUGUCUCUCUCUCUCGCUAUCUCUCUCUAUAUAUCAGUCUGUUAACAUCUAUCUACCUAUCUGUCUGUCAAUCUGUUUAUAUCAAUCUAUCACUGUCUGUUCAUAUCUAUCUAUAUUGCUUUCUAUCUAUCUAUCUAUCUAUCUAUCUAUCUAUCUCAGUCUUCAUAUCUCAGUCUGUUCAUAUCUAUCUAUCUACACUAUUUACACUUGAGAGCAAUUUUUAUAAUUAUUUAAUCUAUCAAUCUAUCUAUCUACCACAGUCUGAUCCUAUCUAUCUGUAUCCGUUUAUAUCUAUCUAUCUAUCUAUCUAUCUAUCUAUCUAUCUAUCUAUCUAUCUACCACAGUCUGAUCCUAUCUAUCUGUAUCCGUUUAUAUCUAUCUAUCUAUCUAUCUAUCUAUCUAUCUAUCUAUCUAUCUAUCUACCACAGUCUGAUCCUAUCUAUCUGUAUCCGUUUAUAUCUAUCUAUCUAUCUAUCUAUCUAUCUAUCUACCACAGUCUGAUCCUAUCUAUCUGUAUCCGUUUAUAUCUAUCUAUCUAUCUAUCUAUCUAUCUAUCUAUCUAUCAAUCUCAUCUAUUCAUUACCUAUCUAUCUAUCUAUCUAUCUAUCUAUCUAUCUCAGUUUUUUCUCUCUAUCUAUCUCAGUCUGUUUUUUAAUCUAUCUCAGUCUAUUUAUAUCAAUCUACCUCACUUUUAUCUAUCUAUCUAUCUAUCUAUCUAUCUAUCUAUCGCAGUCUAUUCAUUAUCUAUCUAUCUGAUCUGUUCGUUAUCUUUCUCUCCCAAUCUAUCUAUCUAUCUAUCUAUCUAUCUAUCUAUCUAUCUAUCUAUCUCAGCCUGUUCAUAUCUAUCUAUCUAUCUAUCUAUCUAUCUAUCUAUCUAUCUAUCUAUCUAUUUCAGUCUGCUCAUAUCUAUCCCGAUCUGUUCAUAUCUAUCCAUCUAUCUCAAAUUCUCUUCUUCGACUUCCUCCUCAUUUUCCUCCUCCCCUUCUGAUUCUUCAUUUUUACUACUCUUCUUCUUUCUCAUCUUCUUCCUCUUCUUUCUCCUCAUUCUAAUCUUCUUCAACUUAUUCCGAUGCUUCUUUCUUCUUUCUUUUCUUCUUCCUUUUCUUCUUCCGCUUUUUCAUUCACCGCUUCUUCUUCCUUUUCUUCUUCAUUUUUUCUUCCUUUUCUUCUUCCUUUUCUUCUUCCUUUUUUCUUCCUUUUCUUCUUCCUUUUCUUCUUCCACUUCUUCAUUCUCCAUUUCUUCCUUCUUCUUUUCUGCUUCCAUUUCUUCAUUGUUCUCUUCUUCUUCCUUCUUUUCUUCUUCCUCUUCUUCCUUCUUCACUUUCCUUCCCCUCCUCUUCUUUCUCACUUUACUCCUCCUCUUUCCCCUCUUUUUUUAUCAAAAGUAUUAG